CACUGGCCAACCAAUGUUAGUACGAGUAACUGUUCACAAUGCCAUAGUUGUUAUCGUUAUUGUAUGUUAGGGUGCGUAAUUCGUGAGUCAGGUUGGGUGUAAGUGUAGCGGAAGGGAGUAUCUUCGUAGGAACUUUACGAAUGAAGACAUGGAUCUAAACGCGAGUUUUGGUGCAUUAUUAAGUGUUAUAGCCCUAUUUUCGUGCUUGUCGUUCGGUGAAGCAAUUCAGUGUUACCAGUGUUCAUCAGGACAAGACGCGAAAGGAGAAGACAAUUGCGGAGCUUAUAAGAAAUUUGACAGAAAUCGUCACAUUGCCGUUGAAUGUAGCAGUGAUGAGUCGUACACUCCAGGAACAUUCUGCAUGAAGAUAACUCAGCAAGGUCCAAAGGGUUUUAUAUGGGAUGGAAGAUGGAGACAAGUAAUAAGGCGCUGUGCUUCUGUUGCUGAUACAGGAGUAACUGGAGUAUGCAAUUGGGGUGUUUACGAUAACGGAAUCUACUGGGAGGAGUGCUACUGUUCAGAAGAUGGCUGUAAUAGCUCAUCUUCAGUACAGACAUGCUUAUUAGCCAUUGUGGGGUGUGUGCUUUUUACAACAUUUAUUCACAGCUGGCUGUCUUCAUUAUUUUUUCCAUAGGAACUUGCAUCAUAGUAUAUUUUCAAUAUAAGGGAUUACUCUGCAGGAAAUAUAUAGAAAGUGGGAUGUGGUUUCGUGGCUUAGACAUAAGGGCAGGAAUUGUAAUCGAUGGAUUUAAGAGGUACAAGCAGGGUGACAUAAGACAUUGCAGUAUAUUAAGUACUUUGUGUGAGAGCUUCAGUCCCGUUGUUCUUGCAUAUAAGUUCACCAUGUAUUGAAGUGAGGGACCAUAUGAUUCCUAAUCUAAAUAGUUCGCAUCCUGUCAUGUGCCUCAAAUAAGAUAUAAAGCAUACAAGAAUACACCAUCUACACAACAACACUCGUAUUUUAAAACAAAGAAGACACUACUGUAUCAACAUUUGUUUUUAUUAAAACUUUUAUGGACGCAACAUGUUUCGACCCUUAUAUUGGGCCAUCAUCAGGCAUACAAUUUUCGGCUUUAGGCUGCUGAACUGCAUCCCGUUAUCAUUCAUUUCACUAAAUCAUGAUCCUUAUUGUGUAUUUGACUUCAUUCAAAUACAUAAAUAUAUAUAAAAUAAGUCUUGGUCGAAAUUUUAACUGAAUGUACUUAAAGUAAUACAUAUUAAAAUUGUAACCUAAAAAGAUAAAGUUAAAAAUAUGAUAAUUUAAUUGAAUGUACUUAAAAUGAUACAAUUAAAAU